GAUUUUAGUUCUACGUCAUAUACAUGCGACAGUAUGUUUUUCCCCCUUCUAAUUCUAAACAUCCGGCGGUUUGUUGUUCGGUUGAUAUCUAGCCAACUGAUAAACUACAGAUUAAGGACAGUUGUAUGGUGAUGGAGGGGGAACAACCUCAAGAGGACUGCGCCCAACCCCAGCCCUCCGCGUCCUGCUCCAAGAAGCCAGACAAGCCCCUCUACCAGCCCAAGAAGAAGCAGGACGGCCCCAAAGAUAAGGCCCAAACCCAGGGAGACGGCAAACCAAAGCCCAGGCCUCGCUACACGGACAAGGCCCGAAAGAAUGCCAAGAACAAGAAGGACAAAGGAGGGAAGACGGGAGGAGAGGGGAAUGGAGUCCUAAACGGUGAGGCCAAACUGGAGGAGACGGUAGAAGAAGGAGGCGGCGACGCGGGGCCACAGAAUGACGGACAGGCUGCUACAGCCAACCAGGGAGGAGAUGGAGAUGUGGGUUUGCGACUGGAGACGGGGAGCAAGAGUUCUCCGUCUGAGAGAGAAGGGGGAUCCCGGGAGGGGAUAGAGGCAGGCCCUCAGGAAGAGGAGGAGGAGGAGAGCUGGGAUGCUCUCUUUGAUGACGAAGGAGAGUGUUUGGACCCCCAUGUGCUAGAGGAGCUGGCCAUACAGCAGGGCAGGAAGAAGCGGCCGGUGCAGGAGGCCAGGUUUGACUACUACAGCUUGGAUCAGGACAGAGAGGGGGACGGUGACACUGAGCUCAGGGAGGAUGAGCUGUCUAACAUCAUAGAAAUCUACGACUUCCCCACAGAGUUUAAGACUGAAGACUUGGUCAAAUCCUUCCAGGCCUACCAGCAGAGAGGCUUUGACAUCCAGUUUGUGGACGAUACUCACGCCCUGGCUCUCUUCAACAGCCCCAUAGCAGCUCGAGAGGCUCUGAGGACCAAACACCCGCUGUUGAAGGUCAGGUCGCUGGCUAAAGCCUCCGUCACCACCAGGGCCAAGGCUCGCAGCUGCUCAGACUACCUGCUCCCUACUAAGGAGCGCCCCCAGACCAGUGCAGUGUUGGCCCGCAGGCUGGUGAUGGGGGCGCUGGGCGUCAAGAGUCCCCAGAGCAAAGAGCACCGGGAAGCAGAGAGAAAAAAACUGCAAGAUGCCAGAGAAGCGUCUGGCAGCGAAACAGAGAGACGACGCCUGGGAAGGGAAAGCCUGACGGAGAGGAACCACUUCCUGGCUUCUGCCCUCCACCCCAUCCUCCCUUCACCGUAGGGACUAGACCCUCUGCCCUCCAUCCAUCCUCCCUUCACCGUAGGGACUAGACCCUCUGCCCUCCAUCCAUCCUCCCUUCACCGAAGGGACUAGACCCUCUGCCCUCCACCCCAUCCUCCCUUCACCGUAGGGACUAGACCCUCUGCCCUCCAUCCUCCCUUCACCGUAGGGACUAGACCCUCUGCCCUCCAUCCUCCCUUCACCGUAGGGACUAGACCCUCUGCCCUCCAUCCUCCCUUCACCGAAGGGACUAGACCCUCUGCCCUCCAUCCUCCCUUCACCGUAGGGACUAGACCCUCUGCCCUCCAUCCUCCCUUCACCGUAGGGACUAGACCCUCUGCCCUCCAUCCUCCCUUCACCGUAGGGACUAGACCCUCUGCCCUCCAUCCUCCCUUCACCGUAGGGACUAGACCCUCUGCCCUCCAUCCUCCCUUCACCGUAGGGACUAGACCCUCUGCCCUCCAUCCUCCCUUCACCGUAGGGACUAGACCCUCUGCCCUCCAUCCUCCCUUCACCGUAGGGACUAGACCCUCUGCCCUCCAUCCUCCCUUCACCGUAGGGACUAGACCCUCUGCCCUCCAUCCUCCCUUCACCGUAGGGACUAGACCCUCUGCCCUCCAUCCUCCCUUCACCGUAGGGACUAGACCCUCUGCCCUCCAUCCUCCCUUCACCGUAGGGACUAGACCCUCUGCCCUCCAUCCUCCCUUCACCGUAGGGACUAGACCCUCUGCCCUCCAUCCUCCCUUCACCGUAGGGACUAGACCCUCUGCCCUCCAUCCCAUCCUCCCUUCACCGUAGGGACUAGACACAUCUCUGUUCCCUCCCUCCCCCUACACAGGGCAGCUGUACUGAAGCCACACUGGACUGAACAGAACUGAACUCAGCCAAAGCCCAGAGUUUGUUGGCAGAAGAUUUUCUCUUGGAACCUGGUCAGCUUUAGAUUAAUCAUCACUACUAACAUUGAUAACAGGGUCAUAUGGCGGUUAGGGGUCAUAUGGGGUCUACCUGAACGCUUCUUCAAAACGUUUUGCUACGGUGUCCACUAAUGAAUACAACCCUGGUCCAUACAACGUAAAGGGGGGAGAAUAUAGUAUGUGUUCAGAGAGGCUCCCAUGCAGGGUAACCAGGGUUAUUGUGGAUGUGUUCAGAGAGGCUCCCAUGCAGGGUAACCAGGGUUAUUAUGGAUGUGUUCAGAGAGGCUCCCAUGCAGGGUAACCAGGGUUAUUAUGGAUGUGUUCAGAGAGGCUCCCAUGCAGGGUAACCAGGGUUAUUAUGGAUGUGUUCAGAGAGGCUCCCAUGCAGGGUAACCAGGGUUAUUAUGGAUGUGUUCAGAGAGGCUCCCAUGCAGGGUAACCAGGGUUAUUGUGGAUGUGUUCAGAGAGGCUCCCAUGCAGGGUAACCAGGGUUAUUGUGGAUGUGUUCAGAGAGGCUCCCAUGCAGGGUAACCAGGGUUAUUGUGGAUGUGUUCAGAGAGGCUCCCAUGCAGGGUAACCAGGGUUAUUGUGGAUGUGUUCAGUGAGGCUCCCAUGCUGGGUAACCAGGGUUAUUAUGGAUGUGUUCAGAGAGGCUCCCAUGCAGGGUAAGCAGGGUUAAUAUGGAUGUGUUCAGAGAGGCUCCCAUGCAGGGUAACCAGGGUUAUUAUGGAUGUGUUCAGAGAGGCUCCCAUGCAGGGUAACCAGGGUUAUUAUGGAUGUGUUCAGAGAGGCUCCCAUGCAGGGUAACCAGGGUUAUUAUGGAUGUGUUCAGAGAGGCUCCCAUGCAGGGUAACCAGGGUUAUUAUGGAUGUGUUCAGAGAGGCUCCCAUGCAGGGUAACCAGGGUUAUUGCCAGGGUUAUUAUGGAUGAGCGAAUAGUACAGGGAUGCGCUGCGGGGUAUUGCACCCGCCCAGCACUAAAACACCUGCUGUGCUGAUUCAACUAAUUCAUGAAGAAUAGUUUCAUUAGUUUUUUUAGUGGUGGGCUGGAACAAAACCCUGCACACAUACAGCACACUGUUGGCCCUGUGUAAGACGUGAUGUGGUCAACAACCACCAGCGGGAUACUAGACAGGACAGUGUGACAGUUAAACGGUAAGGUGGUGUACCCUCCAGGGUUGGGGUCAGUUCCAUUUAGAUUCCAGUCAGUUCAGCAACUAAAUCACAUUCCAAUUCCACAUUAUCCUUAUUGAAAAGCAUUGAGGAGAAUUGGAAUUUCGGUGUACUUCCUGAAUUGACUGGAAUUCAAAUGAAACUGACCCCAACCCUGAUACCCUCCUAUUCUGUUUUUAUUUACUUUUUAUAUCGUUUUAUUACCAGCUGAUGGGGAGGAGCUAAUUAUGACCUAAUUUAUGUUACAUGUAUUAAUCUUAUAAAAAAUAAUCAGUCAGGAAGUGUAUCUUGAAUCAUCCUCCCCCAGUUUCUGCUCGUGUUAAAGCACACUGUUAGGUUAGGGGCAGUGUGUCAAGCUUCUGAGUAUGAGAGCUGAUCUAGGACCAGGACCCAACCGGUCCAUAUAAUCUUAUUAGUUGUGUUCUAAAAGGCAAAACUGAUCCUAGAUCAACACUUCUACCCUGAGAUGAAUGAGACAUUGGGGCCCAGCUAUCUUAACGGCUUAAUAAUGAUGAGAGAGGACCGAUACACCAAAUAACAUUAUGAUGACGUUUCCGUUGCACCCUAAUGUUUGUAAAAAUGUUUUUGUAAAAACAAUGUAUUUUCUUUUCCUAUUGUAUUGUUCAGUGAACAGGGUUUCACUGUUUUUCUCUUAUUGGUGGUUUAAUAAAUCAUUUUUAAACUCUU